UGUGUUUUACGGCACACACAUCAACAACCAAUUCGUACUACCUGUUCAGUGCUCCAAGGAAUCAUGAAGUCCAUCGUUGUAGCGUUGGUGAUGGCUACAGUAGUAGUAGCUCAGCAGCAACAGUACACGACACCUGUUCCGAUUUUGAAGCAGAUUAACAAACACAAUGAAGAUGGUUCUUACAGUUAUGGGUAUGAAGGAGCUGAUGGUUCUUUUAAGAUCGAGUCCAAGUAUCCGAACGGCGAGGUUUACGGCAAGUACGGAUACAUCGACGACAGUGGAAAGCUGAGGGAGAUCGAAUAUGGAGCGAGUCGUAGAGGAUUCGAGCCAGCUGGCAACGAGAUCAACGUACCACCACCAACCCUCCAGAUCAACCAACAGGCUGCCGCCCCAUUGGCACCAAAUCAAGAGGACGAUGGUCAAUACAGAGAGGAUCCCAGCGUUUACUACAAGGAUGAGAAAUUCAACAAUAACAACGUGCAAUCCUACCAACAACCUCAAAGCUACCAACAGCCACAAAGCUAUCAACAGCCAAAGACCUACCAGCAGCCACAGACCUACCAACAGCCACAGACCUACCAACAGCCACAGACCUACCAAGAACCACAAACCUAUCAACAACCACAAACCUACCAAGAGCCACAGUACCAACCAACCUACCAAUCAACUACUCGCAGGCCUGCAUACCAACACGGAUUCUUGAAUCAGCAACAGCAAAGCAGAUCUUACCAACCACAGCAGAACUACAACUCUCAGCCACAGCAAUCCUACAACUCGCAACCACAGCAGAGCUACCAACCACAGCAGAACUACAACCCACAGCCGAUCUACAGCAACCCAGCCCAUCCGAACUUCAACCCAUAUGCUGGACACCCAGCCAAAAACUUGGACAUUUCUUCCGGCUCUUACAGCGUCAACUACAAGAAAUAGAGUCAAUCACAUAGA